CCGCUCCCCUUCCAGGAGGACCCGGUCCUGGAGCGGUAUUUUAAGGGCCACAAAGCUGCGAUCACCUCCGUGGACUUCAGUCCCAGCGGCAAACAGCUUGUGACAGGAUUUCCCUGCACCGCCACAUAGAGGAUAAGCGAAUGUACGAGUGCAGAGCCAAGACGUUUGACUAUCGCAGCCUCCCCACCACCUCCGUUAUCAUCGCCUUCUAUAAUGAAGCCUGGUCGACCCUGCUCCGCACCAUCCACAGUGUCCUGGAGACCUCCCCUGCAGUCCUUUUGAAGGAGAUCGUCCUGGUGGAUGACUUGAGCGACCGAGCUUAUUUGAAGACGCAGCUGGAAACGUACAUCAGCGACCUCGACAGAGUCCGCUUGAUCAGAACGAGUAAGCGCGAGGGGCUGGUGAGAGCCCGCCUCAUCGGGGCCACUUUCGCCACUGGGGACGUCCUCACUUUCCUGGAUUGUCACUGCGAGUGCAACUCGGGCUGGUUAGAACCGCUCUUGGAAAGAAUUAGUGAAGACGAAACAGCAAUCGUUUGUCCCGUUAUAGACACCAUCGAUUGGAAUACUUUUGAAUUUUAUAUGCAGACCGGGGAGCCCAUGAUUGGUGGGUUUGACUGGCGCCUAACCUUCCAAUGGCAUUCCGUCCCCAAACAUGAGAGGGACAGACGGAAAUCGAGAAUUGACCCCAUCAGAUCGCCCACCAUGGCUGGAGGACUGUUUGCCGUCAGCAAGAAAUAUUUUCAGUACCUUGGAACAUACGACACCGGAAUGGAAGUGUGGGGAGGUGAAAACCUUGAGCUGUCUUUUAGGGUGUGGCAGUGUGGCGGGAAAUUGGAGAUCCACCCGUGUUCCCAUGUGGGCCAUGUGUUCCCCAAGCGGGCACCAUAUGCUCGGCCCAAUUUCCUCCAGAACACUGCUCGGGCAGCGGAAGUGUGGAUGGAUGAGUACAAAGAGCAUUUCUACAACCGAAACCCCCCAGCGAGGAAAGAAGCUUAUGGUGAUAUUUCUGAAAGGAAAUUACUACGAGAUCGGCUGAAGUGCAAGAGCUUUGACUGGUAUUUGAAAAACGUAUUUUCUAAUUUACACGUUCCAGAGGAUAGGCCAGGCUGGCAUGGAGCUAUUCGCAGUAUGGGAAUCUCUUCUGAGUGUUUAGAUUAUAAUUCUCCCGACAACAACCCGACAGGUGCCAACCUUUCACUGUUUGGAUGCCACGGUCAAGGAGGCAAUCAAUUCUUUGAAUAUACUUCAAACAAAGAGAUAAGGUUUAACUCUGUGACAGAGUUAUGUGCAGAGGUUCCUGAGCAAAAAAAACACGUAGGGAUGCAAAAUUGUCCAAAAGACGGGUUCCCUGUUCCAGCAAACAUCGUUUGGCAUUUUAGAGAAGACGGGACCAUUUUUCAUCCACACUCGGGGCUGUGUCUUAGUGCCUUCCGGACACCUGAGGGUCGAUCUGAUGUUCAGAUGAGAACUUGUGAUGCUCUAGAUAAAAAUCAAAUCUGGAAGUUUGAGAAAUAGAGGAGCACAAUAGCACUUUUCUUUCUGAGCUGACAAUAGCUUCAAGAAAGUCAAAGAGCCUUUAAAGAAUCUCAGUGAAGAUUGUAUUUUAUCAGAAAUCACUCACUGGUCAUCUGCGAGAGCUCUGUGAAAGCUGUGUUUCAUUUUGGUAUAGAAGACUGAAAGUGGGUGCCUAGAGAGCUGCUGUUUAAUAUUUCAAAGUGCCUUACUCAUACGUUGUUUUAUUUAAGAGCUUUGUCAGUAUGGUUUCUUCUCCUUAAAGAAGUUGACUGUGAAUUGAGAUACACAAAACAUUUAAGCGCCAGACUUGAUACUAAAGAAUGUAAAAGUCUAAGCAGAAUGAGGGAUGAUUUAUGUUGACGAGUAAGUUUGUUUGCCCAUCCCUUUAACAACAAAACUCGCAAAUGGCGGGGUUUGAGCUAUUGCUGUUUCGGUUGUAUAUAGGAUUUGAAUUUCUUUUAGCCAACACAUUACAUUUUAGGUGUUAUUUCUUUAAUUUUAAUUUUUCUUUAAUCAACGAGAAAUCAAAGAAAGUUGAUCUUAAGGAAAAAAGUUUAGAUGUAUGUUUCAUUGGAAGAGGGCAUUAAUUCGAAUGUGAGUUUGGAGGUCUUUUUAACAUGCAGACAUCUCGGAAAAAAGUACACCCGCAUCUGAAUGAAACGGGGCUGUAUUUACAUUCCACACUCGGUGAGCUAUUACACUUCACUGAUCUGUAUUGAUACCUCAUAUUGCUCUGAAUUUGUAAGCUGUCCUCUCUGUGAACUCUUUUUGUGUGUGGCGGGCAUUUUCUGGUUGCACUUCCUUAAGUUAUGAAUGUCCUGGAGAGGGACUCAUUCACAACAUUGUGCUUCCCUUUGUUAAUGCUUGAUUGUUUAAAGUAAACACAGUUGUUGGCUCUCUGAAGUUAAACCCAACUGUGUUUACUGAAAUGUGUGAAACUGAAAGUGGGCCCCAAGCUACAAAGGCUGUGGGGGAUUCUUCGAGUCAUUCUUCCUGAUGAGGAAGGAUUUAUCAUAAACCAAGGAGAAAGACUGCCUGGGCACUGGUGAAUAAUGCUGCCUUGCAGCCUGUUUUCAGGCAGCUUUCAGAAAGUGGGUGCAUGAAUGAAUGAUGAAUGAAUCAAUGAAUGAAUGAAUAGCUCAGCCGUGGUCCUUUCAUGAUUUUGGUCCUGUCAUUUGACCAAAAGACUCUGUUUGGGUUUUAGUUUUCUCAUCUGUAAAACGUGGGUGCUGGAUUAGAUCUCAGAGAUCCCUUCCAGCUCUGAAAUGUUGUGAUUACAUAUUACAAUCAAUCUUGCAGUCUUUAUAACACUUUUUAUGUCCUCACUUUUAACACCAAUAAUGUGGAGCAACUUUCAGUCCAGUUAUGAAGCUGGAAAAGAGGGAGUUUUAAAAUGAAGUGAGCUGAAGGGCACCUGGGUGGCUCAGUUGGUUAAGGGUCCGGCUCUUGAUUUUAGCUCAGGUCAUGAUCUCUGGAGUCAUGGGAUCGAGCCCCACAUCUGUGGGCUCUGUGCUAAGGGGGGCUCCCACAUGAGAUCCUCUCCUUCCCUCUGCCCCUCCCCACACACUCUCUCUCUCUCUCUCUCUCUCUUUCUUUCGAAUGAGUAAAUCUCUAAACAAAAAUUAAGUGAGCUGAGCUCAACUGAAGUGGUUUAGUUUGAAUUAAGUGGAAAGUUGUGGUCAGUGUUUGUAUUCAUUUUAUUUUGACAGUUGUUGAACCAAUUUUGUUUUUAUCUUUACCCUUUCAAACUCUAAAAGUAAUCUUUUGGCCUAAGAAUAUGAAUAUUUUCCAAAACAAAUUAUCCGAUAAGUAAGUAUACUUUUUUUUUAAAGGAAAAAAAGUAUGUUUACUAGUAUUAUUUCAAUGCCAUAUCCAGAAAUCACAGGCUGAGUUUAGGAUUAAAUCUCAAUUAGUUUGCUUUGGUCCAGAUUUAUGAAAAAUGCAUAGUCCAUAGAGAAUUAACCCACAGUAUUCAUAAGUAAAGUUUUUUCAGUGUGUACAUGAUGACUGGAGGGAAGAAGCUUGGCAAAAUGUGAAUUUAAUUUCAAAAAGUAAAAGUGCUGUGUAUCUUGAAUAUUUUAUUUCUCUUUUGCUUCUUAAAAUGAAAGUGCGUUAAUAACUUUCAUUAAGUUAUUUAGCACCCUUAAAGUUUAUCAAAGAAUUGUCCAAAUUUCAUGUGCAACAUACAUGGCUAUGGGUGUAAUUUAAGAAGGACUUAUAAUAAUACUCUGAAUGUUGCAAAAAUGGUUGACAGCAGUUGUUCUCCUAAACCCACCCUCUUCCUCUUGCCCAGUCUACUUUUUAAUUUAAAUGACCCAUUCUCUUUUUGUUUAUUUUUUUUUUGUUCUUGUUAGCCCCCUAUCAAACAGAAAAAACUAAAAUUGAUGUGUUCUGAAACUACUUAUUGGAAUUAUUUUAUUCCAAUAUCUUGCUGCUUCUGUCAAAAAAUUAAGGGGUCAUUGAAAAGUAAAGUACUUGAUUGUUUACCUAUUGCCUAAAUUGCAGGACGUGACCUAUUAAUGUUUUUGGAAGGAAUUUUUGGAAAGUGUCUUAUGUAUAUCAAUAACUUGAAAGUGUCUGGUUGUUCUUUUCUCCUGAUAGUGUAGGUAGCAGAAGAAAGAGACUUCCAUAUUUUCAUCUAUAGACAUUUCCGAUUUAAUUUCAAAAACACACGGUCAAAUUGCAAACAAAAUUUAUUUUGAAUUCCCUAGUUCCAGUUUAUUGGUACCAAAGUUCUCUUUUGCUGUAGACAAUUAAGAGUUGACCUUUUAAGUUACUUUACAUACUAAUAACAGUUUCAGUACGAUAUUUGGUAGACAAGAGGUUUCCAUUUUAAAUGGUCACUGUCAUUUAGUGUCCAGUUUUAUGAGUAGAUUGUCUAAAUCGGCAUUUCUAGCAGUCCUCUUUUAAACAAAUGGUAACCUAGUCAUCUGCAGGAUCUCUGUAACUCAGAAUAACUUGUUUGUAAAAGAAGAUCUGUUUACUCUCCCGGGGGUAGGUUCCUGCAUAUUCAUUUUAUGUUGGCAAAUCAGACUUUUCCAGGUUGAAGUCAAGAAGUUAUUUUUUAAGUUGUAUAGUCUUAGUGGUUUUAGGAUCUCAGUUUUAAUUAAUAAAAUAUUUAGUGUUGACUUGUUUGUCCCUUUAAAUUGCUGUUUUAAUCAUAUUUUUAAAAGAGCACAAAAAAUGUUGGGGUUCAGAUUAAUCUCUUUUGAACAAUGAAUUUUUUUUCCUGUAUGAUGAGCAGUUUCCAUCCUCUUUUCUCCCUUUGUUAAUGGUUUUUGCAAUAUUGAUUAAGACAUAAAAUAAAAUGUGUGGCUAAUUAUUUUUGCAAAUGGAUUCUAAUGAUUUUAGUCUGUGGGGUCAUUGUUUCUAUUGUGCACAUUUGUUGAUGGUAACAGAGGUGAGUUAAGUUUGUAAUUAUUUUGCUUGUUUGAAAAUAUGGACAGAAUAUUAAAAAGUCAAAGUUCCUGCA